GGAAGUGAGUGUAUUGGCACGCCCAGUUGCAGAAGUUGUUCGGUGCGUAAGUGCAGUGUCUCCACCGAGGAGAAACAUAUGAAUUAAAAAAAAAAGAUGAAGCAUUCGGUUGUUUUAUUCGGCCUCAGUGUGGUGGUGUUGGUCGUGGUGAUUUUUCAGGCUUUGCGCCAAGAGAUGGAAUAUCGCGAUGUUCAAAUCCGCACGGUCAAGGACUGGGCAUUGUCCAAAGCUGAGGAGAAAUCCAUCGACUUACUGAAACCCCAAGUCAAGCAGCUGCAGGACAACUUGGAUUCCAUCAAGGGCAGGAUAGAGGAGAUGAAGAAACGCAAAAUAGCAUCUCAGAAAACAGAGAGGGAACAUACAAAGACCUUACAGACAUGCAAUGAAGAUAAGGAAAGCAAGGUGAAGAAUAAGAAGGCUGCCACAGACUCCAUUGCUACACUCAAAGCUGACCACGCAGUGGAAAAAGCAAAAGCAGAGAAGGAAGUGCAAGACUUGAAACAACACAUUUUGGAUCGGGACAAAGCUAUUUGCAUUUUUGCUGAUCCCAGCAUUGCAGAAGCACGGACACUCUGUGGCAUCAAUGCUUCUCAAUAAAGACAACUCAGAAAAAGAACAAUGCUCUGAACUUGCACAAGAGCCUUAAACUCAGGGGUGAACUUUGUUAAUAUGUGUGGUGGUGGUUGUUUUUUUUUCCGUUUUUUUUUAAAGAACAGUCAAAUACUAACAGGACAAAUACAAAUGUAGAGCUGUU